AAGGUGUGCGUGCUGAGCUGCUCCGAGCACGAUAGUUUGGUCAUUAGUGUCAAGAUUUUCUAUUCAAUUUAACUCUGUUAAUUUCUCACUGUCUACAAAAUGUCUCGUAUGAAAGAGAAUUUUAAUCAGAAGCCUUGCGUCAUUAACUGUGUUCAGCUAGAAGGGUUGGCUCUUCUUCAGCUGAUUAAACACUGUCAUGAAGAAGGCACAGGAACAACUGAUGUAGCUCAAGGUGUGCUUCUGGGACUGAUGGUGAAAGAUGUCCUGGAAGUGACCAAUUGCUUCCCUUUCCCAACACAUGCUGAAGAUCUUGAUGUUGAGGAGUACCAGCUUGAGAUGAUGCGUCACCUACGGAAGGUUAACGUGGACCAUCUGUCAGUGGGCUGGUACCAGAGUAGCCAGCUUGGGAAUUUUGUGACGAAGCAUCUCAUGGAAUCUCAGUUCUCCUACCAGAGCAGCAUUGAAGAGAGUGUCGUCAUUGUCUAUGAUCCCAUCAAAACUGCAAGAGGAUUCCUCUCAGUUAAGGCCUACAGGCUCACCCCUGAAGCCAUCAACGUGAUCCAGGAGCGUGAGUUUACCCCUGAGGUGCUGCGCAAGCUCAAGCUUGGCCAUGACAACCUCUUCACUGAGAUCAAAGUUGUGAUUCGCAACUCUCCUCUCAUCAAUAUACUUCAGUGCGAACUUUAUGAACAAAUGCCUGGCCAAGAAGCAAGCCAAUUCUUGGACCUUGGCUCUCUGUCAACGCUGGACCGGCAAUUGCGAUGCCUCAUGGACAGCGUGGAUGAACUCAACCAGGAGGCGAAUAAAUUCAACAGCUACCAGAGACAAGUGUCCAAGCUGCAGAUGGACAAGCACAAGUACAUGCUCAAGAGGUCUGCAGAGAACAGUGCUCGCCAGAGCCGUGGAGAGCCUCCACUGCCAGAGGAAGACGUGGCCAAACUCUUCAAGCCGAUCGCUCCUUUGCCUCGCCUGGAUGCCACCGUUACCGCUGGUCAGAUCAACAACUACUGCAAGGAACUCUCCCAGUUUUGCAGUCAGGCUCUUGGCAAACUUUUUGUGGCAAAGGCUUUACAAGACUCGUGAUUUGGUUGUCUAAAUCAUGUGCGAGAGAAGUGGGCGAAAGUAAAAUGAGUAUUUAA